AUGAAAACAUACGUUGUUGCUUUGCUUUUCUGUAGCAUCCAUACCUUUAACCCAAGAUACAUUACAACGGGGUUGAAUCCCACCAGGUUUCGAAUAGGUGAUCAAGAGUUUGAUUCUUUGCCAUCUUUACUGGAAUUCUACAAAAUACACUAUUUGGACACUACAACCUUGAUAGAACCAGUUUCCCGAUCCAGGCAGAAUGGUGGCGUUAUCCUCAGGCAGGAAGAAGCUGAGUAUGUGCGAGCUCUCUUUGACUUUAAUGGAAAUGAUGAAGAAGACCUUCCAUUUAAGAAAGGAGACAUACUGAGAAUCCGGGAUAAACCUGAAGAGCAAUGGUGGAAUGCAGAAGACAGCGAAGGAAAGAGGGGAAUGAUACCUGUUCCUUACGUCGAGAAGUAUAGACCUUCCUCUGCUUCAGUAUCUACUCUGAUUGGAGGUAACCAGGAUAGUUCCCACCCACAACCGCUGGGUGGGCCGGAGCCAGGGCCCUAUGCCCAGCCCAGCGUCAGCACUCCGCUCCCUAACCUUCAGAAUGGCCCUAUUUAUGCCCGGGUUAUCCAGAAGCGAGUCCCUAAUGCCUACGACAAGACAGCCUUGGCUUUGGAGGUCGGUGAGCUGGUAAAGGUCACAAAGAUUAAUGUGAGUGGUCAGUGGGAAGGAGAAUGUAAUGGCAGACGUGGUCACUUUCCAUUCACACAUGUCCGUCUGCUGGAUCAACAGAAUCCUGAUGAGGACUUCAGCUGAGUGUGGCUCAACAGUUGCGCUUACAGAUGGGAACAAUCUCAACUUGUUUUUAUUGCAGAUGCCAUCAAGACUAUGUUCUGACAGAUGUUGAAAGCGGUAUUGCUUGUAUAAGCAUUCUGAUAACCUGCAAACCCCUGGGACUGAACACCACCAUUCCUUAAUCAAGGGUCAUGUAAUUCAGGGUACGACAGUAGAUAACUUGUGUGUCAAGUGGCAGAACUAGUACACGAUUAUAGGUUCUAAUGCCUGCUUAUGUCCAUGUGCACAGCAGACUGGACCUUGCCAGCAGCAGCAGUUGGAGAAAGCAGUACCGUAGAUGUUACAAUAACAUUUAUAGCUCUCUCCAGUCUUAUUGCUUAUGUUGCUUCUUCCUCAGGCAAUGAACAUCAACCUUAGACAAUUCAAUAUAUAGAUAGAAAUUUCACAAAUUUAUCCUGGAGCUGUCUCCAUUUUUUUUUUUUCCAUCCUGAAUUCUCUGUCCUAGAAAGGCUGUAUAGUGCUUUGCAUGGUCGAUUGACUAUGCACAGUACAGAUUUCUGUAGAGCCCGUUGAGGACAGCCUUAUGAUUUACAGAUGUUUACCAUUUUAAUGGUAAAUGACAGAUCAGAUCGACCUCGGAAUUCUAGAAGUUUGUGGACACUAGAUUGAUUUCUUCAGUACUGUUGAUGCUUCAAACAUAGCAGCUGAUUUUAAAUUAAAAUUUCUAUUAACACACCAGUAUCUCUUUUUAUCCACAAAUAUAAGGCAUAUGGAAGUGUAAACAUCCAUAUCAGUGCUGAAAAAUACUUGCGUAGCACUUUAAUGCAUAGCUUUAAAGCAGUGUUUGAGUCAUUAAAUAUACUAAAAUAUUAACACUGCUUUCCAAUAAAAUUAAAUUAUAUAGGGCCAGUUUAAUUUUUCUAGAAUUCUUCAAUACUCCUGUUGUACAAUAAUCUUACAGUACAAAUCAGCGUCAAACAUGGUGAACUGACAAACCAAAUAUUACUUUCAAGUUACUCUGGGGACUCUUCUGGCUUAAUUCCCAUCUGUAAAAUAUUUGAUAGUGGAUUCAUGAGGAUUUUAUUUUUAAUAAACUAAUGGAAAAUA